UAUUCGAUUAUUGUCAAUGCUCUCCGUCCGUGCUUCUCCGUCUCUUAAAACUCUAGUUUUCCUACUGAGCCAGUCAGAUGAGGCACAAACGCACAAGUGAAGUCGCUGAGGACGGGGAGUAAAGCAUCCCGAUUCACAUUGAAGCUUAGGAUCAAAAUUUUAGAAGAAUCAAAAUAUGGAAUAUGCAAAUUAUUACAGUUGACAAGGGCUUUUUGGUCUUGUGCGCCAGAGGCAUGGCUUUUCUGAUAAAUCGCUUUCUCUUGGUUUGUGUUGGCGUGGCGUGGGGAACCCAGCCAACAGAAGUGAGCAUCUUUUCAGAAAACAUCACACGUAUUUUGGACAGGCUGCUGGAUGGCUACGAUAACCGACUACGACCUGGAUUUGGAGGUCCUGUUACUGAAGUCAAAACAGACAUCUUUGUUACCAGUUUUGGCCCAGUUUCAGAUGUUGAGAUGGAAUAUACAAUGGAUGUAUUCUUUAGACAGACAUGGAUUGAUGAGAGAUUGAAGUUUGAUGGGCCCAUUGAAAUUCUUAGACUCAACAAUCUAAUGGUUAGUAAGAUCUGGACUCCUGACACCUUCUUCAGAAAUGGCAAGAAGUCCAUCUCUCACAACAUGACCACCCCUAACAAGCUUUUCAGGAUCAUGCAGAAUGGGACAGUGCUAUAUACAAUGAGACUCACCAUCAAUGCAGAAUGCCCCAUGAGAUUAAUGAACUUUCCAAUGGAUGGUCAUGCAUGUCCUUUGAAGUUUGGUAGCUAUGCCUAUCCCAAAAGUGAAAUCAUUUAUACAUGGAAGAAGGGACCAUUGUACUCAGUAGAAGUCCCAGAAGAGUCAUCAAGUUUACUUCAGUAUGAUCUAAUAGGACAGACUGUGUCAAGUGAAACACUUAAAUCAAACACAGGUGAAUACAUAGUUAUGACAGUUUACUUCUACCUGCAAAGGAAGAUGGGAUACUUCAUGAUUCAGACAUACAUUCCGUGCAUAAUGACAGUCAUACUUUCUCAGGUGUCCUUUUGGAUCAAUAAGGAGUCAGUUCCUGCUAGAACUGUAUUUGGUAUCACCACUGUCCUUACCAUGACUACCCUCAGCAUCAGUGCUCGACACUCCCUGCCGAAAGUGUCCUACGCCACUGCCAUGGACUGGUUCAUAGCAGUAUGCUUUGCCUUUGUCUUUUCUGCGCUCAUUGAGUUUGCGGCUGUCAACUACUUUACCAACAUCCAGGCUCAGAGAGCACUGCGAAAGGUGGCCAAGGCAGCAGCAUUAGAGGCUGCAGCUGCAACGAGCGAGGAGGAGAUUGUGUCGCACUCAGAUUCCAAUAGCAGCCUAAAGAAGAGAUUGAACUCUGUGGUUUCCCGUAACGAACCGCCGAUUGAAGAAAGCUAUACACCCCCACCACAGCCACAAUUCCUGCAGCAAGGAUCUGCCAUUCCUGCAAAUAUCCAACUUACGGGGACAAGCAAAAUAGACAAAUAUGCCCGUAUACUUUUCCCUUUGUCCUUUGGUGCAUUCAACCUUGUGUACUGGAUUGUCUAUCUGUCAAAGGAUACCAUGGAGCUAUCAACUCACUCUUGAAGACAGGUUCAGCUGAAAGCUAAGAGCAGUACUGCAGACAGAGAAAAGUCAGAUGAAAAUGAUGGACUUGAGUGCUUGUUGGACUUGAGAUAUGUUUAUAUUAAAUUUGUUUUACCAUGUUAUGUAGUGUUAAUGAAGAAUUAAUAAUUGUGUUUUCGAGCCUCAUUCAAAUAAUGCAAAACCAUUUUUCAUAUCUGGUUUGACAUUUUCAAUACAUACGGUAUGAUUACGUCAAUUAACAAGGACUGGUAGUAUUGAAAUGAAAUGACAGUAAAAAUUGUAAUGCUUCAGUUUGCUCUCCUGAUUAUCUGUAAACUUGCAUUUUUAUGGAGCUCUAGGUUAAGCUAGCAUUACUAACUAAUCAAAAACAGACUUUGAGUGUGAGCAUCUCAUUGGCCUUAUUCUGAAAUUAGUGUCUUAGAAGAGGCAUUUAAUUUAUGGAGACUGAAAUAGAAAAGAAGAAGAAUCCGAAGUUUAAGUGACUCCCAAGGUCAGUUUAUCAGCACUUGAGUCCGGAAUCAAUUUAGAUCAACAUUAUCACAUGUUCAGACAAGAAUAAAAUAAAUUUGCAGCAUGUCUGGUAUGCUGGUUCACACUACUCAAUACCGACCCAUUUAAUUUGCCUGUUAAUUAGAGCCAUUCCUCUUGUAUGAGAUGCAUUAAAGGAUAUAUUUGUCUUCUUUGACUAAGCAGAGAAACCCUUCUCCUUUUUGGUAUUAGAGUAUUUUCAAAUUCUCUUCUGUUGGCAUUCCGCUUUCUUUAAUCUGUCUCUUUGUUCUAUAUUGCAGGAAGAAUGACCCUCACUUUUGGAAGUCACUUCAGAAGUGUGUAGUGAAACACGAAGACCUUGCUGCUGUCUCUUUCAUUUUUGUAUCAUAGGUGUUGCAUUUUUCCAUGCCAGCUUUUAUUGUCUGGAGGUAGUGUUGAGGCUUUUGCUCAUUUAGAAUUUCUUUGCCUUUAGCCAACCUUUAAAUAUAUUUAACGCAGGGAUUUUAUUUGCUCUCAGAGCACAUCUGGUUCUGGUGGCAUUUCUUUCAAUCCUAAAUGCCUUUUUCCUUUCUUUCUGUUUGAAUCAGGGCUUUCACAAUUGCAGCUGAAGUACUGACAUAACCCUGCAGGCUUGUGCAGUACAGUACUUUGUCUCUGUAAAUGUGUACAUGCAUUACAUUUAAAGCAGAUGUGUGUGGUUCCGAUGGGUUGAUGGAGCUGAUUGUGAGAGUCAUUUGUUUUGGGAAACUCAGUUUUGUCAUUUUAAACCAAAUCUUUGGACCUGACUGUUAAAACAUCAUUUUUUGCAGACUAUACAGAGUUACGUGCCGGUACACAACAGAACUCUAUUUAGUCAGCCAGCAAAUACAAAAGUUACGUUACUUUAAAACUCUUAAAAACCAAAGUUGUAGGAGGCCUCAGAUACCAACUAGUUAUGAUAGUUAUGUAUGAAAGGCAGUUUGCACAAGACAACCUAUGGGAAAACAGGGUUAAAAGCAACUAAAUUGUUAGACACAUAUUUGGUAUUUUCAUUGUAAAUCUCAGUGAAAUAUGCAACUACUUAGCUUUUGUUGUUUGCCAGGAAAAAUAUACCUGAAAUGACAAGUUAAUUUGUCAUGCUUGUUCGCUGUGUUUUUGAGUUUUUGCCAUUUGGUAUUAUUCUGUAUUACAGCAUCUGUUUUGCAAAUGAAAACUAAAUGAUUGACGGCAGACAGACAAGGAUUUGUGUUGAGAAAUAAUGUGAUUUAAAUCACACAUCACAUUUACAUUACAAUUAUUAUAGUCAAUAUAUUAUAUAAAAUAUCUAUAAUUGUUAUAAUCUAUAUAAAAUAUAUUAAAUGUAUAUAACAUCCUCUCAUACUUUAGUGUACAUAUUUCACUCUUAUUUAAUUUUAAAAACAGGUUACCUUUAUUUCUAUUUUGUUCUAUCAGUUUCAUCAAUGAAUUUUAAACCUGUUAUUGGGGAUCAAUUUCCCAGUAAUAUUUUCCAUGGAUAGACAAAGACAUUUGUUUUGGGAGAUUAAAGGUAAGCCAGAAUAGGUCUUAAUGUAUAAUAUAAUAACAUUUAAAUUUCUAUGCAUAUGCCACUGGGGACAUUUACUGAACAUGUAGAUUUUGUCCCCAUGGAAAAAGGCAGCUCCAAUGAAGAAUUAUUUUAUACUCAAUAAUUUUAAGAAACUCCUAAGUUUUUUUUAUAAAGUUUUCUUUACAUCUCAAAGCUGUUACUAUAUAUUUUCUGUCACUUUUUUAAAUGGACGCUAUUGACAGAUUUUCAACCCCCAAUUUUCAACACAUUUGGUUUAAAUAUAUUAAAUGUCUUUUUUCUUUCAAGUCAGUGGUGGCUGCAUACUGUGCUGUACUGUAUAUCCUUGUUUUACAUGUUUUGUAGAAAAAAGUGUUAUAAUUAGUUAAGGAAUGUUAAUCUUUUCUUACCAAUAAAUAUGCAUAUGUACAGUUUAAAUUAAAAUUGAGUAUACUUGUGCAUUGAUAAUGAGCAGAACAUACAAUACAAUAAAAACAUACUUUAUCUGA